UACUCGUUGAAAUUGUGAUGUGCCGAUUUUCUAGGUCUUGCUGGUUAAUGAACACUUGUUCGGCGGCGGGAAUUGCUACUAUAGCAUUGUAAAUACUCAACUCGGUAGUUACAUGUUCAUGCUAACCUCCGAGCGAGCCAUCCCUCUGAGAAAGAGGAUGCCUUUCAAUCAGAGCAUUUGGGAUAGCGUUCAGGGAUGAAGCAAAUUAGCUCGCCUGCAGAUGAUUGUGAGUCCAUUGACUCUCCACGCCUGACUAAUUAUGAAUGGUGAAAUUUGUAUCGACGUAUUCUUAUAAAAAUGGGCAUCGUAUUCGGACGUGCCCUUCCCUUGCACUCAAAAUAAAGCCAGUGACGACGGCUCAACUCCCCCUUUGGCCGAUCAGAGAUCAAGACAAGGUCCAGGGUUCCUUACUAAUAAUUAGAACCCAGCCAAAUUCGUCCAAAAUCUAAACUAAACAGCCACCUAAUAAAUUGUUAUCAACACCAUGUCGUCCAUCCCUAACGAACCUUUUUCUCUCCAUGGAGGGUGUCAUUGCAAGGCGAUUCGUUAUACUGUCUCAUUCCCCAAGUUCGACGAACGGCCGGUUCUGAACCCAAAUCACCCACCGGAACAACCUGACGUUAAAGCCCCCCUGAUAUGCUUUGACCACUGUAGCGACUGUAGAAGCGCUUCAGGGGUGCCCGUGCAGAUUUGGAACAUAUGCCCGCAAAAGUUCAUAGCCUUUUCAUUACUGCGCCGGUGCGAUGAUGCAAGCGGUUCAUCUGGCCCCUGCAGCGAUUCCAGCAACGCAAGGAUUGAUAUCACCGGUGACCAGCUUGUUCACCCGAGCGAAACAGCGAAGGAAACUUAUUUGACUUAUUACGCUUCUUCCAAGUCAGUAUGGCGCACAUUCUGCUCCAGAUGCGGGACCAACGUGUCCUUUGUAGCCUUUGAGGAGGUGGGGUCGGAGACUCUCAUGGAUCUGGGGACGGGGACUUUGGACCACGAAAGCCUUCAGCUAGUUGGGAUGCCACAGCGUCACAUUUGGUGGGACUCUGGGGUCGACUGGGUGAAAAGGCUGAUGGCAGAGGGGGAGGCGGGUUCUUCGCAAAAUGCGCUGCCCAAGCAUUCAGGGGGGGAUAUUUACGAGAUAAUCCAAGAGAAGUGAAACCGAAUUGAGAAAAGCGAACACUAUCACGAAUAACGAAUACCGCUUGAAUUCGACCCAACGAGAACAACGAGCCGUCCCUAACGGCUUGUUGUAUUCUUCCCUUCGUCGCCGCGCCGCCGCGGUAUUGUUAUUCCCAGCAUCUUAACAUAUGUGAAUAAUAAUACUAGAUGCUGUAUGCCAUUUUAAUUCCUUCAAGAUGUGAUGCUACAACCUUUUAGGACUCGCUCUCAAAAUGCACAGCAUACAGAGGGUCAUAGAAUUUCAUGGAUAAACCCUUCACCGCAAGGACAGCUCAACAAUAGCCCCAUGAUAGCAAGCGUCUGCAAUACAUGCACACCCUUUCAAAAAUUUUCCACUUAGAUAUUCGUCUGAUAGGAGGUAUUUAGGCGUUGAUAAGCUAAUGCAAAAGCCUCCUCGUUCACAGAUACCUGACACUCCGGGCUUCAAUAGCAGGGGCAUAAUUAUAUCUAUACAAUUGCUCCAGGGCUUACAGUUAUUGGUUCCGUAAUCGUUUUCGGUGCAAAGCAGUGAGGAUUACCAUUCACACUCCUUUCAAUCUUACUGAGUCCCCUUUUUUGCCUUUUCCCCCCUUGAAUUGUCACCGUUUAUCAACUCCGGCGCGGCCUAUUCCAGCUCCAUGUUAUUCUGUUAUCUAACACAGAUCGGAUUGUCUACCCUGGCUACAAGCCACAACCUCUAACUAUCCGCGUUCCACCUGUUUUCUUAUUCGGACUCAGACGUAUCCUUCCCCUACCCCGGCACUUUGUAGUAUUCUCCUAUUUACUGAAGAGCUGCCAGCACCUGCAAAUCCAGGGGGUUAACUGCUAAUUGUGAGGGAGAACCUAAAAGUGAGCUCUUGCAGCUGAGAUUUGAAGGUGUUCUUGAAUUCCACUACUUGGUCAAUUCCUUCGUAUCAUCAAUGACUAAGUUCAUCUAGGAAAAUAUCUGCGCGGUUUGCCAGCCUUGAUUGUCGUUAGAGGCAAAGUGCAACAAUGAUAGCAACUACAUACCGAAAACCCGUUUCCUUGCCGGAGACCUUCUGUUGAGUGCUGUGUGAGGAGAGGCAGAAAUUCCCACCAAUAUACCUAGGUAUGAGAUAUUCCACAGCCCAUGGAUUUGGUUGUUUGUGAUUCGUAGAACCAUCUCACCAGCCAGAGCUAAAUGUGACAUAACCGUG